UCAGCUCCUGAUUAGCCGCUCCACCCGGCCCUCUCUGGCCUUCUCGCUGGCCUGCAGCUUCUGCACCGUGUCGCGCACCUCCCUGCCGACGUCCUCGGCGUCGAUGCGCUGCUCCAUGCGAUGUAUCUCCUGCCUGCAGCGCAGCGCAGCCCAGAGAGACAUUUGAAUGAAGAGACCAAAGUCCAAAGUGACCGACCAGGUGCGGGUGGGCGAUGUGCCUGCCUGCCUGCCACGAGUGUGUGCCCCUAAGUACAUAUGUAAGUAUUGCUCACUCACUUGAGCCUCUCGUUCCUCCCGCGCUCCUCUUUCUGCUGAGGCUGGGGUGGGCCCAGACAGGGCGUUUUGGCGGUACAGAAGGCGUCAAUGGCCGCCUCCGGGGAAGAGGAGAACAAUGGACUCGAGAGAGUGCGAUGAGUUUCUGUCUUACCAGCCUGACGCUGGGAGAUUGCCAGUUCUGCGGUGGCCUUGGAUGCCUCGGCACGCACCUGAACUAGUUCCUUGUCAAGCCGAUGACGCCAAAUGGCAGGUUGUCUUCUCGAGAAUAAUUGCUUCGAAUUAAAAUCAU